CUACGAGCAGCUCCGGCUGCACGUGACUAAAGUCAGCUGAUAAAAGUCGGUUGUGUCUGAACAACAAGCCGAACUGCUCAGUCAUUGCAGGUUGGAGGCUUUGGUUCUGGUUCUACCGUGAUGAGGAGCUUGUUUCUGUGUGUGUUGGCGGCUCUGGCCCUCACUAAUCACGCGCUGGUUCGAAUCCCCUUAAGGAAAUUCCGUUCCAUCAGACGGGAGCUGACCGACUCUGGGAGGUCUGUUCAGGAGCUGCUGGCUGAUGAGCGCUCCCUGAAGUACAACCUGGGCUUCCCCACCAGUAACACUCCCACGCCAGAAACCCUGAAGAACUACCUUGAUGCUCAGUAUUAUGGAGAGAUCGGGUUGGGUACUCCUCCUCAGCUCUUCACCGUGGUGUUUGAUACGGGCUCCUCCAACCUGUGGGUUCCCUCUAUCCACUGCUCUCUGCUGGACAUCGCCUGCUUGCUUCACCACAAGUACAACUCUGCUAAAUCCAGCACUUACGUGAAGAACGGCACAGAUUUCGCCAUCCAGUAUGGAUCUGGCAGUUUGUCAGGUUACCUCAGUCAGGAUACGUGCACUAUUGGAGACAUUUCUGUGGAGAAGCAGCUUUUCGGUGAAGCCAUCAAACAGCCCGGCGUCACCUUCAUCGCUGCCAAGUUUGACGGGAUCCUCGGCAUGGCUUACCCCAAAAUCUCUGUGGACGGUGUGGUUCCUGUGUUCGACAUGAUGAUGAGGCAGAAGAAGGUGGAGAAGAACGUCUUCUCCUUCUACCUGAACAGAAACCCGGACACCCAACCAGGUGGUGAGCUGCUGCUGGGAGGAACUGACCCAAAGUAUUACACCGGAGACUUCCACUAUGUCAACAUCAGCCGUCAGGCCUACUGGCAGAUCCACAUGGACGGGAUGGCGGUCGGCAGCCAGCUGAGUCUGUGUAAAGGUGGCUGUGAGGCCAUCGUGGACACCGGGACGUCUCUGAUCACUGGUCCAUCGGCGGAGGUCAAAGCCCUGCAGAAGGCCAUUGGAGCUAUUCCACUCAUCCAGGGAGAGUACAUGGUGGACUGUAAUAAGGUCCCAUCCUUGCCUGUCGUCACCUUCAACAUCAAUGGACAGACCUACAGUUUGACUGGCGACAAGUAUAUCCUUAAGGUGAGUCAGGCUGGAAAGCAGAUCUGCCUGAGCGGCUUCAUGGGGCUGGACAUCCCUGCGCCCGCCGGGCCGCUGUGGAUUCUGGGAGACGUGUUCAUCGGUCAGUACUACACCGAGUUCGACCGCGACAACAACAGAGUUGGCUUUGCUACAGCGAAAUAAAACGCAUCCAGCCAUGGACCGUGAGCUCUAGGACCGGAUCUGAGCUGCACGGUUUUCUGUUGCUUUGCUAUCAAAAUGAAUUUAGCAGUAGAUUUUGUAUAGAAACACUUGCACUGAAGAGUUUAAAACAUUUCUGAUCAAACUAUCAAAAGUGAUAGUUUUAAAAAUCCAAGUAAUCUUUUUCUUUUAAAAUCAGGGAUUUGUGUUAGUUUUAUUUAGCUGGUAGAUGGCCCAGCUACUGCUGCCGUUUUCUUGAGAUGGGCUCGUUUAAAUCUGUUGUGUUGUUUCUGAAGAAGAAGCUUUCAGCAGCAGCAAACGAGGAAAUGACUUUUAUCCAGUUUUUUGCUCUUAAGAGCUACCAUGUUGGAGUUGGAGGACUGUAUCUUUUUUCACUUUUACUUUCUAGAGUUUCAGUUUGAUUUCUCUUUUAAAAACCUGCUGUUGAAUUGUUUGUCCGUCAGGGAUUCUGUACAAAAUAAACAAUAUACAAAACAAA